GUCUCCAGCUUAACCUUGGAAGGUUUCCAUUGCCCGCUGCUGGGACUAUCAUCUCGCAUCCUUUCCUGCGAAUUCCGCUGAGCUUCACCCGCACGCUACUUCAAGCAAUAAACUCCAGCGGCGCUUCUUCGAUCGAAAACCUCGAAGCUCUGAAGCUCUGAACCGUCGCGAUGGCGUCCGUGCAGGAUCUGGAAGAAUGGAUGCAAGACGCCAGCAGCGCGCUCUCCAUCAGCCUCGUUUCGCCGACUGCGUCCGGCGUCAAACCCAUCGCGACCUUCCACCCCAAGUUCACGUAUCCCAUUUUCGGUGACGAUGAGAAGGUUUUUGGCUACAAGGACCUCAAAAUCAGCCUGCGCUUCCGCGCCAACGACAUGCGACCGCAUUUGCACACCGCCUACGGCAAGAAGCUGAAGCCGUCGCCUGGAGUGGAAGAGCCGACCGAUGUGGUGGGCGUGCUGGACGAAGGGCAUCAUCUACCCAAGAUUGCCUUUGCCAAGGGAUCGGACUUUGAGAAUGGCUCCAAGCAGCUCGGAGAUAACUACACGCCCCCAGGCAAGCUCCACGCGACAAUCGACGGCGCCGAUGGUCAAUACGAGGUCUGGCGAGGCAAUCUGGACGACGCAGCCGUCCGGCAGCUCAACACUCGUGUCCAGAUCUUCGUGCCGCUUUUCAUCGAGGGUGGUUCCUAUAUUGGCCAAGAUACCGAGUCCGAUGCCCCCGACAUCAACAUCUCCGACGCUGACCGUUGGACAUUGUUCUUCCUGUACAAGACACAGCCAUCCGACAUUCAACCCGAGAAGAAGUCGUACACCUUUGUCGGAUACUCGACCGUCUACCGCUUCUUUUACUUCCAGCCACCCACGCCCCCUCAGUCUCCCAAGGCGGACUGGGAGCUACCGGAGGGACACAUCGACUUGGCAGAGCUGCCGUGUCGGACACGGCUUUCACAGUUUAUCAUCCUCCCACCCUUUCAGGGCCAAGGCAAUGGCCAUCUACUCUACAAGACCAUCUUUGACUACUACCACAAGCACCCUCAGACCCACGAGUUUACCGUGGAGAACCCAAGUGAGGUGUUUGAUGACCUGCGAGACAUUUGCGACCUCACAUUUCUUAAGGCGAUGCCUGAGUUUAGAGCGCUACGCCUCGAUAGCUCGGUGACAAUACCGAAAUCUGGCCCGUUGCCGGCUCUCAUCCUCGGCGCCGACAUAACCGAAGAUGUACGGAAGAAGGCAAAGAUUGCACCGCGACAGUUUGCAAGGGUCUUGGAAAUGCAUCUCAUGUCUCAACUGCCGCUCUCUGUACGACCGAGCUUGGAUCUGGACGCCAUUGUCCCCGAGCCAACCAAGGCGGACAAGCACGAGGAAAGGCUUUGGCAAUUGAUUGUCAAGCAGAGGCUUUAUAAGCACAACAGGGAACUCCUUGCCCAGAUUGAUCAAUCGGAGCGUAUCGAGAAGCUUAGAGAGACCCUGACUGGCGUCGAAUUGGAAUAUGCACGGGUGCUAGCUGCGCACGAGCGAGCCAUGUCGCACACGAAGACAUCGCCGCGGGGGGGUUCGAAUGGAAAGCGGAAGCUAGACGAGGCGGAGCCUGCGGAACCCAGCAAGAAGGCCAGAGUCGAGGACGAGUGAACGUUUCUCUGGCGGCAGGCUCGCGGAUACCGCGAAAACUGGGAAUGGGCGUUUAGGUUACGCAAAUAGGGUGUAAGAUCAUGUGUACUUGUCUAUAAACCGGGCCAGAUGCCCGGAUCCUCUUUCUCCUCUUCAUGUCCUUCGUAAUAUGUCCAGCCACAAAUAUCAACGGC